CACCCCCUUGUCUGAAAGCCCCAGCCCUGCCUGGGCCAUCUGUUGCCGGGAACCUCCUUCUCCCUUUCCCCACCCCCCCACGUGCUGACCACCUGCUCUAAGGGCUGUGGCAGCUGAGGCCUCCCCCACACACAGUGCCUCUCGGCUGCAGGCUCGCUCCCGGCAACCUCGCCUUUACUAAUGGGCCCUAAUGCCCCUGCCAGCUGCUUUGCCAAACCCACAGGAUUGGCGUAGGGGGCGGCGGGGGCGCCGUAGCGGCCAGAACCGCGCCCUGGUCCCCCACCGGCGCCCCCGUUCCCGAAACCGAACCGAUGGCGCACCAGGACGCCUUGGUCUGUUCAUACCCCCUCCCCUUCCUUGCAAAAAGUGCCUCGUCACCGCUUCUGCCCGCCCCCGCCGGGCUGGGGAACCAUGGGGGCGGACCCCAGAGGCCUGAGCGGCAUCUGCCCCCAGCCCCCUGUGGGGCCCUGGGGCCCCCAGAAACCUGCAGGACGGAGCCAGACGGGGCGGGCACCAUGAACAAGUUACGGCAGAGCCUACGGCGGAGGAAGCCAGCCUACGUGCCUGAGGCGUCGCGCCCCCACCAGUGGCAGGCGGAUGAGGACGCGGUUCGCAAGGGCACAUGCAGCUUCCCAGUCAGGUACCUGGGCCAUGUGGAGGUGGAGGAGUCCCGGGGGAUGCACGUGUGUGAAGAUGCGGUGAAGAAACUGAAGGCGAUGGGCCGAAAGUCCGUGAAGUCUGUCCUGUGGGUGUCAGCCGAUGGGCUCCGAGUGGUAGAUGACAAGACCAAGGACCUUCUGGUCGACCAGACCAUCGAAAAGGUCUCCUUUUGUGCUCCUGACCGCAACCUGGACAAGGCUUUCUCCUACAUCUGCCGUGACGGGACCACCCGCCGCUGGAUCUGCCACUGUUUUCUGGCGCUCAAGGACUCUGGCGAGAGGCUGAGCCAUGCUGUGGGCUGUGCUUUUGCCGCCUGCCUGGAGCGAAAACAGCGACGGGAGAAGGAAUGUGGGGUCACGGCCGCCUUCGAUGCCAGCCGCACCAGCUUCGCCCGCGAGGGCUCCUUCCGUCUGUCUGGGGGUGGGCGGCCCGCGGAGCGAGAGGCCCCAGACAAGAAGAAAGAGGCAGCAGCAGCCCCCACUGUGGCUCCUGGCCCUGCCCAGCCUGGGCAUGUGUCCCCAACACCAGCCACCACAUCCCCCGGUGAGAAGGGUGAGGCAGGCACUCCUGUGGCUGCAGGUACCACUGCGGCUGCCAUCCCCCGGCGCCAUGCCCCGCUGGAGCAGCUGGUUCGCCAGGGCUCCUUCCGUGGGUUCCCGGCACUCAGCCAGAAGAACUCGCCUUUCAAACGGCAGCUGAGCCUACGGCUGAAUGAGCUGCCAUCCACGCUGCAGCGCCGCACUGACUUCCAGGUGAAGGGCACAGUGCCUGAGCUGGAGCCUCCUGGCGCCGGCGACAGUGACAGCAUCAACGCUCUGUGCACACAGAUCAGUUCGUCUUUUGCCAGUGCCGGAGUGCCAGCACCCGGGCCACCACCUGCUACAACAGGGACUUCUGCCUGGGGUGAGCCCUCUGUGCCCCCUGCAGCUGCCUUCCAGCCCGGGCACAAGCGGACACCUUCAGAGGCUGAGCGGUGGCUGGAGGAGGUGUCGCAGGUGGCCAAGGCCCAGCAGCAGCAGCAGCAGCAACAGCAACAGCAGCAGCAACAGCAGGCAGCCUCAGUGUCCCCCGUGCCCACCAUGCCUCCCGCCCUCCAGCCUUUCACCGCCCCCGUAGGGCCCUUCGACACGGCACCCACCCAAGUGGCUGUGUUCCUGCCACCCCCACACAUGCAGCCCCCUUUUGUGCCCACCUACCCGGGCUUAGGCUACCCACCGAUGCCCCGGGUGCCCGUGGUGGGCAUCACGCCCUCACAGAUGGUGGCCAACGCCUUCUGCUCAGCUGCCCAGCUCCAGCCCCAGCCUGCCACCCUGCUUGGGAAAGCUGGGGCCUUCCCACCCCCUGGCAUACCCAGUGCCCCUGGGAGCCAGGCCCGCCCUCGCCCCAAUGGGGCCCCCUGGCCCCCGGAGCCAGCGCCUGCCCCAGCCCCGGAGUUGGACCCCUUUGAGGCCCAGUGGGCGGCAUUAGAAGGCAAACCCGCUGUAGAGAAACCCUCCAACCCCUUUUCUGGCGACUUGCAGAAGACAUUCGAGAUUGAACUGUAGCCCGAGCCGCCCCACCCACCCCACGUGCCCCACGCCUGGGAGUGGAGGCACAACCUCUCCCCUAACCCUGCCCCCUGGGGCUGCGCCCCUCAACACCCUCUCAACACCCCCACCUCUCUCAGCCACCCCACAACCACUACAGAACCAACAUUGUGACACCCAGGUUGCAACAGGAUGGAAUUCAGGGACGGACCCAGCCUGGCUAAGGGAACCAUUUCACUGCCGGACUUAGGCUGGCAAUGCCCCCUUCCCCCACCCCAGACACAGGGGAUUGGCCACAAUCCCACUGAAUGCCCUCAGUUCACACUUCAUUUCCCAGUUUCUGUUGACCUCCCACCUUCCAGUGUUGGACAGGAUGGAGGGGGGAUACCUGCUCAGGGGCUCUCCUGGGCCCCACACCAGUGCCCACCCCAAAUCUGGUCAUCUCCUCCCCCCAUACACAGCACAAGCUAAGGGCUGCCCUCUGCCCACACUUGUUCACUGCCAAUGCUGAACUCACCCCCAUCGCCCUCCAACUCUGGGGCCCAUGUCUUCCUUGGGCCAAGGUCUCAUGGGGACUGGGGCCAAGUUGGGGGCCCAGGAGGCAGGGAGGGGGGAGGGGAGGAAGAUGCGUAGUUACCUCAUGAUGGUGCCCGCUGGGGAGGGGUCCGGGAAGAAGGGGAAGGGGUGCCUGGCGGGUACUUUUCUAUCUUUUAUUUCCAGAUUUUUUUUGUAUCUAAACUUGAAGAUUUGUAUUAUACAAGGACAGCCAAUAAAGGAAGAAUAUAACGCCCCUUGGGAAA